AUGAUAUUCUUGUCAACUUUAAUUAAGGUUGCCUCAGUUGCAACUAUAGUCUUGCUUGCUGGUGGAUCUACUUAUUAUUAUUUGAAGAAUGACAAUAAUAAUGCCACCGUAACAAACCAUCUCAAGGGAAAUCAUGCACAUAACACAAAUAUUCAUCAUGCCAAGUUGGAAUAGGAAGAUGUGCAUAUUUGCAACCACGGCCACUUCAUAAAGGAGAUCGAAAUCGAAGAGCCAGAACGUCCAGCUGAAAUUCCAUUCGAGGCUAGGUUGUCCCAUGAGCAAAUGCUGAUUAAGAAUCACAAAUAAGGAAAUUGGCAAACCAUCAGAAUCAAGACUGAUUAUUCAUCAUUUUAAGCAUCACAACAAUAAGCUGAUUUCAUUGAGAAUAAAUUGGUGAAAGCAGCAACUGGAUUUUUAAAAGCCGCCAUAAAAGUGUAUCCAUCAUCCAAAUUAUUUUUGAGUGGAUAAUGUGGCUCAGUUGCAAUCCCAAGAUCAUACAAAAAUGGAGUAAGUAAUGUUGACUUAGUUCUAUUUGUCACAGCCACAACAUAAUAAGAUAGUUGGGUUGCAAGAGCAGGAGCUUGCAGAUUGGAUCCAACCACAUUAAGACCCACAGCUGGUACUUUGGAAUUCAACCUCAAAUAUUUUAAUUAACUAGAUUUCAGUAAGCUAAGCGAAGGCAAAUGGUUCAAAUGGAUUUAAACUACCAUUCACGAAAUGACUCACGUCCUAGGAUUCAGUAGUGGUUUAUUCCCAUAUUACAUCGAUCCUGAUACAAUGUAGAAAUUAGGAGUCAAUUAAAUAGUUAAGACAUAAGGAGGAAGAGAUUGGAUCAUAUUGCCUAAAGUAGUAAAUGCAGUCAAGAGUCACUUUGGUUGUUAAUCUGCCUGGGGAGCUCCAUUAGAGAACAACGGAGGAUAAGGAACAGCAGGCAGUCAUUGGGAAAGAACUACCUUUGGUAAUGAGGCAAUGACCGGAUCUGAAUUCCCAGAUUCUGUGAUCACUCUAUUCACUUUCAAUUUACUCGAAUCCACUGGUUGGUAUAAUAUGGAUCAUAAGCAAUCUGAGCCAUUCAAUUGGGGUAAGGAUGAAGGCUGUCCCAUUGCCUAAGGAAAAUGUGUUCAAGGAUUGAGAGAAUUCUGUACUCCAGGUAGUGAAGGAUGUUCCUCUGAUUUCACAGGCAUUGCCUCUUGUUCAACAGGUGAUGCAUUAACUGACGGCUGUGGAUAUUGGAGAGCCUACGGUAACUCCGAUUGUAGAUAUAACUCUGAUUUUAUCGGUCAAUUAGCUUAGUAUGGAGGAUAUUACGGAAACGAUGGUAAGUGUUUCUUUACUACUUUGCCUACUAAAAUAGGAUUCUAAGGAUUGGUUUCUGAUUGCUUUAAAGCAACUUGUUAAAAUAAUGUUGUAACUUUCUCCAUUUCUGACAAAAGUUAUCAAUGUGUUACAUCAGGACAAGUAAUAAAUGUGAGAUACUCCUAUUACAGUGCCAAAGUCACUUGCCCAGAUAUAAAGCAUUUUUGCAGUACUCAGAGAAUUUGUCCAAAUUCUUGCAGUGGAGUUGGUACUUGCAGAGGAACCACAUGCUAUUGUUGGUCUGGAUAUAGUGGGGCAGAUUGCUCGAUAUCCGAAUGA